ACAUCUGCAGUUAUGUCACAUCACACCAGGCGAGUUGAUGUGAGUGGGGAACAGACACGGUGCGCUUUGCAUGUGCACGUUGCUUUGUGUUGUAGCAUUUCCUCACUGUCUUAAUUGGGCGUAGUAUUGGCUUUAAUUGAAAAUCAUCAAUCACCGUAGUAAACCAGAUGUUUAUUGAAGUACAAUGUCGGUUUGAUAAGAUCACCAUAGGGUGAGCCUGUGAUUUAAUUUACUCGUCAGGGUUGAUCCAGUGGAGUCGAUGCAGCUGGUUAACUCUAAAUUUAACCGGAUUUGUCAUUUUUCGGAUGUAUGAUAGGCUACAGUGUAGAACAGCACCGUCUGACUGUAUACUAUAACUGCAUAACUAGUAAGUCACAAUGGAGGUCGGUGCCGAAAAUUCAAAGAUACCAUGUGAUGAGACAGAUUAUGCUCUGAAACCCUUGGAUCUCAAAGUGAUCGCCGGGAGGAGAGCGGAUGUAGAGGCUCAGAGACCCACAUGGAGCGGACGGCUGGAGUUCAUCCUGGCAUCGGUGGGCUAUGCUGUGGGACUGGGCAAUGUCUGGAGGUUUCCCUACCUGUGCUACAGCAGCGGUGGAGGUGCCUUCAUGGUCCCUUAUCUCACCAUGGUGCUCCUGUGUGGCAUUCCUCUGCUCUUCAUGGAGUUUGCUAUCGGGCAGUACACUCGUUUAGGGCCAGUGCAUGCGCUCACCAAAAUUUGUCCUUUGUUAAAAGGUGUUGGUCUGGCCACAGUUGUUAUCUCCUUUGUGUUCUCCACGUACUACAAUGUGCUCAUGAGCUGGGCACUUUACUAUUUCUUCAACUCGUUCGGAGCGACGCUUCCCUGGAAGUCUUGCAACAACACUUGGAAUGCCAUCGAAAACUGCUCCAGUGGUUUCCCCGGCAACGCCACCCACCUGCAGUCUGCCAGUCAACAGUUCUUCGACCACAGGCUCCUGGAGAAAACCAGUAGCAUUGAAGAAGCUGGUGGCCUUCGCUGGGAACUCCUUGGCUAUCUCCUUAUUUCCUGGGUCAUUGUGUAUUUUUGCAUAUUUAAAGGAGUUAAAUCCACUGGCAAGGUCGUGUACUUCACCGCUGUAUUUCCGUACUUCAUCUUGUUCGCCCUGCUCAUCAAUAAUGUGCAGCUUCCUGGAGCCAAAAAUGGGAUCCUCUUCUUUUUGACACCUGUCUGGAGCAAACUGUUUGAAGUGAAGGUUUGGGUUCAUGCAGCUGCUCAGGUGUUUAACUCCCUUGGAAUAGCUUUUGGCUCCAUGAUUUCGAUGGCUAGUUACAACAAGUUCAACAACAACAUUCUCAGGGAUGCUUUGAUUGUGUCAUUUGCCAACUCCUUCACUAGUAUCCUGGCUGGCUUUGUGAUCUUCUCAGCUAUUGGCUACAUGGCUCACAUACAUAACCUCCCGGUGGACAACAUAGCUACAGACGGUCCUGGUUUGGUGUUUGUUGUGUACCCUGAAGUCCUCUCCACCAUGCCCGUCUUUCAGCUGUGGGCCCCUCUGUUCUUCUUUAUGCUGCUGUGUCUGGGCCUGGACAGCCAGUUUGCAACAGUUGAGGUGGCUGUGACUUUCAUAAAAGACGAGUUUGGUCCCAAAGUUCUGCAUUUCCUAAAAAGAGAGGAGCUGCUAGCCCUGGCUGUGUGCAUCAUCGGCUUUGUCUUGGGGAUUCCUCACGUUACUAAGGGAGGCAUCUAUGUGUUUCAGCUGAUGGACCACUACACUGCUGUGGUUUCCCUCGUGUUCUUGGCUUUGUUUGAAGUUGUAGCUGUCUGCUGGGUCUUUGGUGUCCCACGUGUCUCCUUAAUGGUCAAAAGGAUGCAAGGAAAAACUCCAAACAUUUACUUCCGUCUCUGUUGGCUGGUGCUCUGUCCCAUGUUGGUGCUGUGCAUACUGAUCUCCAGCAUUGUCCAGUACACUCCUGUUCAUUAUGGGAAGUACCCUUAUCCCGUAUGGGCUGAAUGGGUGGGCUGGGGAGUUUCACUGGUCUCUAUAGUGUGGAUACCACUUGGUGCGUUUCAAGAGAUCUACAGCAACAAAGGCUCACUUCUUCAGAGAAUUAAAACAGCUGUGACUCCUACAAUAGACCUGGAUGCUGAGGAUCCUUUGCCGGAAAAACAAAAUCUGGACCCGGCGUGCGAAACCUUUUUUACCUAAGUGGCAUGACCAGAGAUAAAGCCAAAACCACGUCCGUGCAUCUGUACGUAUCAAACUUUGUGAUACAGUUCAAUUUUUAAUGAAAGGCACUCUUUGAUGUGAUGUAAAGAAUUGAAUUUACUAUGAGAUGCAGAAUCUUUAUGUUUUGGUCAUGAAAUUAUAAUUUUAUCCUAUUUGUUCUACCAAAGGACUUUCUUUACUGUAUCUUAAGCCCACUAUAGUACUUAAAUACUCAAGCCACCUAUUCUUUUCAGUUGACUUCAACAGAAUGAAAAUAUCCUUUGCGCCUUGUACAAAGUGAUAAUACAUAUAAUAUAUAUAAUGAAAUUCUGAGAUUUUGUUCAUCAACCUAAAGGUUAAUCUAAUUUAAUUUAAUUUAGUUAUGAGUGAUCAUGUUCACUCUUUAAACUAUGCAGGUGUUUGUUCCAACCAAAGAUUGAAAUUUGAACGAUUACAUCAUCCCCUUUGGUUGGUUAAUCUGUAAAAAUGCCUGGUGUAUGCAGCGACGGUUUCUCUUGCAAUGUGUGAUAAAUGUCAGUGAGUUUGUGUAGUGUAAGUGCAUUUAUGGCAAUCAGAGGCUUAUUAACUUUUUAAUAUAUUUACAGUUUAAAUCAUUUAAAUGCCACAUAGGAACUAGAAAUAACCUCUCCACUGCUUGUUAGUGAUAGCAGCCUGGGUGUGUUGUUAAUUCCAAGACAUAACAGAACAAUACAGGUUAAAAUUUACCAUAUUAUUUAUUUACCAAUACCCUUUAACACUGCCAGUUGUCUGUCUGUGUUGAGCCAAAACUUCAGAGCUCUAACCUCAAGCUUUGUCACUCGUAUUUACACGUCAUUCGCCAUUUAAAAUGUUUUGACUUUAUGACUUGCGUGAACUGCCUGAAUGCAUUGUUAGUUUUGACCUCUGGGAGUCCUGACAAGUCUCAUUUUUGGUAGUAAGAGCAGUUCCUGCGUGGCCUGCAAAUGUCUAGCCCCUGAACUGCUGAAUAGAAGCAAGCUGCAAACAAUUUGUUUUUUAACUUCAGUGUUUGUGUUCAGAAAUAUUUUUAGCCUGUGGUUCACAUAGACUUUCCAGUGCACAAACACCAUUUACAUAAAGUGAAAAACCCUUGAACACACAUAAUCAGAGGGGUUAAAAUAAAAUCACAAAGCAUAAACAGAAGCAGACAAAUAUAAUUUUUGUUCAAAUUACGGACAUCAUUUUUCAGAAAGACUUAUUUGACCAUUACCUGUGUUCAGUUCCCUUGAUAAUGAGUUAGUGAGUGAUGUGAUCGGGGCAGCAGGUUAAUGUUAUACCCAUGUGUACUGAGCUCAGAUGCAAAUGUGUGACAUAGUGCUUGCUUUUUUUCUACUCUUUACAGAUUGAGGAAUGAUUCGAUACAUAUGACGUUUUUUGACAUUAUUUUUUAACUAUCUUGGCGCAGGUAACUCACAAAAGUUUUAGAGAUUAUAAGUGGUGCCUUUGAUCUACUGCCAUGAAGCUGAAUUGGGCUAAUGAGGGUAGAUAAUCCUCAGGAGGGCAUCACUUAUCUGGUAAUCUGGUGACUCUCCAUUCAGUUGUGCUCCAUAUUAUAUUGACGCAAAACCUACAGUUAAUCACUGACUGUUUAAUCUCACACUUCUUAAGAGAAAGAUGUCAAAAAGUUCACUUUAGUGGAAAUGUAAUUUAUUUGAACUCAAGCUUUAACUUUGAGAUUGUUGCAGUGGUGUUAAGUGAUACUUUUUUUUAAAAAGAUUGACCUCAUGUCUCUGAAGAUGAGAUAGUUAGUUAGUUAGUUAGUUAGUUAGUUAGAGUUAUUCUGUCUAACACUGGGAGAAAAGGGGUCAGUCAGAGUUGAAACUGUAAGCUUUGGGGUAAUGUAAAAUGUAGAUGACCUACCUCAACUGGAAAUGACCAGAGGAGAUAUGUGUAAAAGGCAAAGUCACACUUUAAUGUGAGAUUGUCUAAAAGAUUGUGCCCUACCCUACACUACGUUCUUGGCCUUUUCUGUCUUACUCAGUAGCGUAUCAAACAACCCUUCACUUCAGAGUGCCUUUUAUUCCAAAGUACUGAAAAUAAGCUCUGAUAACAGAUGCACUAAACAUCUGAUUAUGAUUUUUAAAUUAUUUAAAGAACAAUUUCAGAUGUUUCUCAACAAAGAUGCAUGUAUUUUACACGCUCUUACUCCAGUUUUGUAUUUGUUUCAUAUUUGUGUAAGAAACUAACCUGUAGGUCGAGAAAAUAAUUAAUCAGGGGCUUAAAAAGUCAGUUUUUUUGAAGAUCACACAAGAGAAGCAUCUGUUUCAUAGAAAUCAGUUACCUGCCUCAAGUGCCUUUCAUGAUUUUAUUUUUUUUAUUUUUAGAUAAUCUAUAUUUAAUAAAACAACCAAAACUUUUAUUUAUGUUGCAAACUGUAUAUGUUGCUGUUGUAAGCUGCCUUUUUUUACUGUCAUGAAAUGUAUUAGCUGUUUUUAAAAUGUGCAAAGAUGAUCUAGAAGCACCUUUACAAAAAUAAUAGGUCACUGUUUACACUUUUUAGUAAUUGGUCUUUUAAUACUAAAUACAAAUUGUAAUGGGCUAUUAACACAAUGAUCCUUUUAAAAAAAUCCACAGUCUUGUUUAUAAAGGUACAAAGUCUUGGAACAUGGAAGUUUUCAAAAUGUUGGUUUUCAUUUCAACCUAACAUCCUCUGAUUUCACUGAUUAAUAUCAGCUGCUCUGGCUGAAGUUUUAUUAAUCAUUGAAGUUUGUGGCUGAAUGAAAACAGACUCUUUUCGCUCCAUGAAACAAGACUGCUCAUCGCUCAUGUCAGUUAUUCUCUCAUAAUACACAAGCUCAUCUCAAAUUUGUAUGAUGUGUUACAGUUUCAUGAUAUUGCACUGUAAGUUAGUGACCACAGUAAAAACUGUAGCGUCCUCACAUUCACACACUGCAACAGUGAAGAUACUAAUCAGACUGUAUGCAACACAACUAUAUAUUUGCAAAGCAAGAAUUUUUUAUUUUUAUUUCAAAACUUAAACGUAUUUUCUCAUGUUUUAUGUUUUUGUUUGAUCCUACAAAUCUACAAUUUCUUUACCAAAUGUAAUGUUGAUUUUUCAUAUCAAUUACUGAAUGUUUAAUUUUCUUACUAUUUUCAUCAUAUUAUAACUGUGUUAUGAUGUGUGGUGUCUAACAUUUUGUUAAAUAAAAAGCCUUAAUUUUUGCAGAAAGUCACUGGGUGGCAGUAUAGCAGCAGGGAAUGCAAAGGAGAGGCCAUGAAAUCUUUGCAUAACUGAACUGCCUCAGUCUUUUCUACUUAUCAAUACAAAACUGCUCUAUCUGUUGUGUUACCUACGGUGGGAUCCAAGUCUGAGACCAUUUUGUCAUUAAUUACAAUACUGUUUUUUCAUUUUUUAUUUUUAUUUUAAUGCAUUAAACAUCAAAUACAGGGA